AUGCAAUUAUGAGGUAAAAUAAAUCUUUAUUUCAGAUGUUUCAAGAAUUGGUUGAUACUAGACAAGGCCUGCAUCGCAUGGUGCAUGUAGCUGCAUUUGUAGUAUUUGUCCACGAUCUGAGCAGUGGAGGAGCAGCGCUGGCAUGGACCUACAACUACAGCACCAUUCCUAGCCGUAGAUGGCCUGAGGCCCGCCAGUGGUGCAUGCAGCACUUUACAGACAUGGUGCCCAUCCGGAACCAGGAGGAGAGUGACUUCAUCAAUAAUCUGCUGCCGUUUAACCCAAGAAAUUACUGGAUCGGCAUAGUCAAAAAGGAUGGAAAGUGGAUCUGGCAAGAAACUUCUGAGAAGGUGCCUAAAAAGGCUCAGAAUUGGGCACCAGAGGAGCCAGAUAACAUAGCGGAUCAGGACUGUGUAGAGAUGUACGUAAAGAGGGAGAAAGACACAGCCAAGUGGAACAAUGAGAACUGUCACAAGAAGAAGGGAACCGUCUGCUACACUACCUCUUGUAGACCGGAUUCCUGCAGUGCCAAUGCAGACUGUGUGGAGACCAUUGGGAACUAUACCUGCCAGUGCCAUCCUGGUUUCCUGGGGUCACGCUGUGAAGAGGCAAUCACAUGCAAACCCUUGCUGGAUCCAGAACUGGGAUCUCACAACUGUUCCCAUCCCUAUGGGUCAAAUCGUUUCAACUCUUCCUGCAGUUUUCACUGUGGACUUGGCUUUCAGUUGGUAGGUGUGCCUCAACUGCUUUGCCAAGCCAGUGGACGUUGGAACCACCCUGUUCCUCAGUGUCAAGUGGUACAGUGCAACAGUUUAAAGGCUCCACCCAAUGCUAGCAUGCAAUGUCAGGACCCUCGAGGCGUGUACAGCUAUGGAUCAAUAUGUUCCGUUCAAUGCGAAGAAGGAUUUGAUCUGAUUGGCACAAACAUGACUCAAUGUUCUUCCCAGGGAAACUGGAGUCAUGCACUUCCUGUAUGCCAGGCUAAGAGGUGUAAACCAAUAAAUCCUCCUUAUGGUUCCCUUAACUGUUCGGACCCAAAUGGUUCCUUCAGUUUUGGUUCUCGGUGCACUACAACCUGUGAUGAUGGCUUUCUACUGAAUGGAACAGCCAGCACUGAGUGCACCUCCCUGGGCAUGUGGAGCGCAGACAUACCAAAUUGUCUUGGUAAAAAAAAAAAGAAAUAUCUAUCAGGGUCUGUAAUUUGUCUAUCACUUUACCUCAUACAAUUUUAUCAUAUCUCCAUUGGUCUUGCCCUCUUUGUUCCCUUUCCAGCUAAGAGAUGUCCCACUGUGAACUCUUCCUCUCAUGGCUCCUUAGUGUGCAUAGAUCCUCAUGGAGAGUUCAGUUUUGGUACUUGGUGUACAUCAACAUGUGAGGAGGGCUUUCUCCUGAAUGGGACGGCUGACAUAGAGUGCACCUCUUUAGGCACUUGGAACAGAGAAAUGCCCAACUGUCUGGCACAACCAUGCCCCCUACUGGCCAGUGCUCCACAACAUGGGAGGAUGAACUGCAGCCACCCAUACACUCCUUUCAGCUAUGGCUCCCACUGUGACUUUGACUGUGAUGAGGGCUUCUGGCUGAAAGGAACACAGACUGUAACCUGCAACAACUCAGGCCACUGGAGUCAAGAGCUACCCACCUGCCAGCCUGUACAGUGUGAGUCCAUUCGUGCCUUGUCUUCAUCCCUGUCUAUGAACUGCUCACAUCCUCUGGGGAACUUUAGCUUUGGCUCCCAGUGUCUUUUCACCUGUGAUGAGGGAUUCUCCCCAAAUGGCACGGAUGUGUUGCUUUGCUCCUCCACAGGGUUUUGGAAUGCCAGCCUGCCUACCUGCACAGGCAUGCCAGUGGGGUGGACUGCCAUUCUGCUGUCUACAGGUUUAAGAGCAGUUUACGUUGUCGUGCUCCUUAUCCUGAUAGCACUGGCUGUGGCGGUGAUAAUGCGAUUUAAGAAAGGAAAUACUGUCACGGAACCGCAUGCACCAGCAUGGGGAGACAAAGAGACUCCAGCGUUUGAUUUUAAGACUUGAUUUUUGCAACAAAUUUAAAAAUACUUCACCCAAAUGCUUGCUGUAAUUAUAUGAAGCUUGGUAGUUGUGGUAUGAUA